UUGAUGUGAAGUCUGGCGUCGCGAAACGAUCGCUUAUACCUACUAAAGUUCUAUUUCGUGCGUGCGAAAAGUUCGUUCUAAACGAUUGCCCAAUUGUGUGUGUGUGCGUAUGAAGAAUAAAGUUUUGUAAAGGAAGGCCCGUACGUGAUCUGUGAUAAGACGAGAGUAUGGCUUUGAGAUUACUUCUGCUGGCAGUUGUGACACUCGGCUCGCUCUACGUGUUGCAUCUUUUGGCGCAAGAUUUUAUGAAGCUUACAAAACCCAUCUUUAUGGCGUCCGGAAAGCGAGAAACAUCAACGUACAACAGAACGGCUGCAUUAAUGGACUUUGAAAAACAGAUAGAUUGGAACCGUAUGAUUAAGUAUGAUCCUUUGAAAUGCUCGCUUUCCCUAAUUUGUCAAUUAGCGGCAGGAGCAGAGAAGAAAAACAAAGCUGCAAAUGCAAUCUACGAGUUCGUAUCCUACAGCGUUGAGAACAGCAAAUCUGUACCCAAACGGAUAGUGCAAUCGUACGAGCGAGGUCUAAGUUAUUACCAAAAUAACGAGACCGAUUCGAAGAAGUGCCUAACUCACUACCCUCUGUGCAUAUACUCUGCCAAAACGAUGAUGAAAUUACUCGAUCUGUAUGCUCGGGUUUUCGCUACCUAGGCAAUCGAAUGACUCUAAAUUUAUAACAAAACCAUUUGAUUAGUUCUAGAUAAGUUUUAGCAAUAUUUUAAAUUAGAAAUGAACAUUCUAGUGACGACUGUGUAUUAUAAGUAUGAGAAAAACAAUUGUUAGCUUAGUUUAAAUAAUAUAUACAAAUCCGAAAAAAAUGGGUUGAGCUAGCAAAAAGUUUAAAACGUGUGUCUUAAUAUGUUAAAAUAUAAGUUUAAAAAUGUAA